UCAGUUUGUUCCACACGUUAUUACUCCAAUGUAUCAACAUAGCAAACUGUCUCUUGUACUCACGUUUCCCAAAGAGCGUCGUUGGCUCCUGCCCAGACCUCAUAACAAAACCCCAAACCAGCUGAUGUAGGCCUCCAAAAGAUGAUCAUCCAUUCCAUUGUACACUCGCCAUUAGUGUGUAAAUCAGGUCUCCUCCCAGUUGCCCUUACAUUACAUCACGGUUUCUCGGACCACAGUGUGUCUCCCCGAUACGCUCAUCCCAACGAUUAGGGCUAACUCGCGUCUGAUGUCUGAGGUCUUAAAGAGCACUUCGGGUUGGGAGCUGAGGCAACGAUCACUGAUGGACCGGGUCACUGGCCAGCCAGUCACUCAGUCAGUCCUUGUGCGCAGCAUUGGACAAACCCCUCCACGACAAGUGACGUCACGAGCCGUUUCUCUCGAUUGAUCUUGCUGCGCUAGGACCGGACCGCCUUAACCCACAACUCAGGACUAUCAGCCUAUCCAUCCUAUCCCAGGACUGGAUCCUGGCGUCGAAGCUGGCCAAAACUGCUGGCAUCGAGUUGGUGCUAGCAGGGGGUUAUAGUAAGUCUUCCGAGCACCUCGAGCUCGAGGGGGCGAACACGGGAUGGUGUUGAGUGAUGUUUGUGAUCUUGGAUGCACCUCUCUAGUGCGUAGUUCGUGAAAUCUCCAUUUAGUGAGCGGGUGGAGGCAAAAAGGCUCAGUUAUUCUUUGGCCAUUGAGCAUGAAAUUUCACCCUAAGCUGAUACUCGCGAGUCAAGGCCAAAACUGGAGCCUUCCCGAAAGUUCGCCUAGUUCAGCAACCACGAUGCCCACCACUGAUGGCAUUGCCGAGACCACGUUUCGAAAGUACGCUCAAGUGUUGAGCAUUGUAGUUCGGAACCUGGUCAAUUCGGAGUCCUCUCGCAUAUCCUCAUCAUCUUCAUCAACCACCACCACCACCACCACCAAUUCUACAUUGCCGAAUGUCAAAAGCAUUAAUUCCACCUCCACGACAAUGGUAACGCCUACCACCACCAGCACCUCAAGCUCGACCAGUUCUACCACCAAGGUCAGCCGUGCGGUGACUAUCAAAAGUAACAAAUCGAGUGGGAACAAUGAGAACGCCCUUCCCAUUCACAAGGAGCCCUCCACCUCCUCCUUGUCCAGCUACUCCAAACGCUUCGCAUUUAGGCGAUUUUCCUCCCGAAGAGAGUCCAGCCAUAGCGUUGAGCGAGAACCUGUUUGCUUGAGCCAUGUUGAUCGACGCAUAUUCCACCUUCUGUCCAAGCUCGAUGCAUUGCCACCGUCCGUCAAGUUCCCCGUGAUCCCUCACAAGGUCGUGGACCAGAAGUACACGUUGGUUUUGGACAUGGAUGAGACUUUGAUCCACAGUGCCGACAACAACAAGGAGCGAUACUCGUUCAAAGUGGAGGUAGAAACCUCGAGUGAGAGGCAUGGAAAGAGGACGUUGUACGUUAGCACGCGACCCUAUUUGGAACACUUUCUCGAGGAAGUCAACCGGUACUUUGAGGUGAUCGUGUUCACUGCAGGCAAUCGCAGUUAUGCUGAUGCUGUCUUGAACAAUCUCGAUCCCAAAGAACAAUUUAUUCAGCACCGACUCUACCGGGACUCGUGCAUAAUCCGAGACAGGAAAUUCAUCAAGGACCUCAAUCUCUUGGGGCGAGAUCUGGACAAAACGAUCAUCGUGGAUAAUUCCUUGGAGGCCUUCGGUCUUCAAUUGGACAACGGCCUUCUGAUCCCCACCUGGAGUGUGGAUCAACAAGAUGAAUGCUUGCUCAAGUUGGUGGAGGUGCUCAAAGAGAUCGCCACCAAACAACACAAUGUGCCCGACUACUUGGGUCGCCGAUAUGGCUUGGGCGAUGACGUCCGAUCCCGGAUUGACGAGCUCAAGAAAAUGCAACUACCCACACCCAACGGGUCCAUGUCCGAAGGUGGGGAUUCGGUAUAAGGCCCUUCCUCCAGCGAGAAGGUUCUCUUGUGGUUGAGAAAAUUUUGUCAGUGUCUACUAUAAUUAAGUUUCAAUGGUUUGGGAGACUUUGGGACCUUGCCCAAGGAGCAGCAAGAGCUAGAAUAACCACGAUCAAUCAAUGCAAAAUAUAAUGCGACAAUAAGUUUUUAUACCAUCAACCAGAUCAAUGCAAAGCUGAUGAUCUCGUUCCCUAUGCACGGCCUCAUACCAGGGUUCUAAGCAAUAACACGAUAAUUACCUGAACAAAUACUGAAAUACAUCCUAUGAACUUUGAA